AUGGACGAACACUACGUCAAGUCGGCGCGCUCAGGUGAACCCGAAGGCGCUCCGUACGCUGCGCAUGUUGACACUCCGGCAGAUACUUCGACUCCAAGCGCGCUGAGUCCGACCGGAACUUGGACCACCGGCCUGUUCGGCUGCUUCACUGACGUCGUCCCCAACUGCGCGAUGGUAACGUUCUGUCCGUGCGUCUCGGUCGCCCAAGUCGCGUCCAAGCUCGAGGUCAUGGAGAAGUUUUCUGCCAAGGUCAGGUUGACUCCAUACUGGCUCGCGCUCGCGUCGUCGCUCGUCGUCGUCGUGGGGCAGUACGUGAUGCUGGCGCUGUUUAUCAACGAGGUGGCGGAGAUCCUCACGAGCGACUCGGUGGUCUGGGGCUACAUCAAGUACAAGUAUCACCACUGGGGCGAGGACGACACGUGGUACAUCUACCUCAUUCUGGCAGGAGUCUGCUACGUGUUCAUCUCGAUCCACGUCUGGCAGCUCCGCGCGAAGGCACGUCGAGAGCUCCAGAUCCGCGGCAACUGGGUCGAGGACUGCUGGUCGUCGCUGUGGUGUCCGUGCUGCGCGCUGGCCCAGACCGCCACCCAGGUCAAGAGCUAUACGCCCGGCAGCUGCAGCUUUGGACCCCCACCAGCGGACACCUUGCCGCCGUAUUCGCAGCACUAG